AGUGGCAAAAUAAACUGUGUCCCUUUUGCACAGACUAAAAGUUGAACAAAUUUAAGUUUCUCAAGAAAGUAUUGAAAAUUAUUGUUUCAAAUUUGUAGAGCAGCUGAGGACCGAUCAUGGCUUGUCGCUGCAGAUAUCUUAAGCAGAUCUUUACUAAGUGCUGCUACUGCUAUUCCCUGCGUUUCGGCGUGCUGCUCUUCGGAUGCAUUUUCCUGACCUGGUUCAUCUACAUCACCAUCGGCACCGCCUUCAUGAUGGAGUGCAUCUUUCCCGACGAGUACCAGAAGUCCCUCAUCCCAGCACAGGCGGCCCUCAAGGCCACCAUGGUCUUCUCCUUCUUCGGCAUCAUAGCUUCGGCCAUGCUCUGCAUGGGAGUGCAUAAUAACAACGAGAUGCUCUUUCUCCCAUUUUUGGGUUUCGCACCCAUUUGGAUAAUUGUACAUUUCGCCCUGACCGUUUACUGCUUUAAUACCGUCAUUAUCGUCCUGACUGUCAUCACAAUGGCUAUUUUACUGUAUGCCUGGCUUGUGGUUUGGUCCUUCUACAUAGAACUGCUCUACGCCUACGACGAUGAGUUGGAAACCGGUUAUGUGUAGUACUCGUGAUAUAUGAUGCUUUCGAAGAUAUUAUAUUUACAAAUUAUAGAAUGUUGGGCAAGCACUCGAAUGUGCCUAAUAAAAUCAUGCAUGUAGCGUAUAUAAA